AGGGCGGGAAGGUGGGGGCGCCGACGGCCGGGGAGACUCGGCCGGCGCGGGCGCGCAGUGUCACUCGGAGCCGGGCGGCGGCGGCGGCGCGUGGGGGCGGCGGCAGGCUGGCGUUGCAGGCGUCUUAAAACACCCUCACCCGGGGAAAAUCGCUGCUCUGGUCUUCCCUGUCCUGCUGCACGGGGACGGUUCGCUCAGUAAGUAUUUUUGUGAAAUCCCCACUGUGUCUCUGGGUAGGCACCUCCCAGUACCCUCCCUGGAUUUUCAAACCUUCUCCAGUCAUCGCAUGGUAGCAAGGUGCGUGCAAAGGGGAGAGGGCUUCGAGAUGCACCCGUUGCAUUUCUGCAAGUGCCCAUGAGGUGCCCUGGCAUCGCUGGUUGACGGCCUGAAAAACAUGCAACACUCAGAGGAUAAUGAAGGUCCGGGGCUUAUGCAAGGAGACCAUGACCACUGAUGAGGCCACCAAGAGCGAAGGGGAGGUGCAGGCGGCGGCUCUCGCCGAGCGCGGGGAGGACAUCACGCCGGCUCGAGACCGAGGCGUCCUGAAGAUCAUUAAACGACCUGGGAGUGAAGAUGAGUCCCCCAUGAUUGGGGACAAGGUUUAUGUCCACUACAAAGGCAAACUGGCCAACGGGAAAAAAUUUGACUCCAGCCGUGAUCGGAACGAGCCCUUUGUCUUCAGCCUGGGCAAGGGUCAGGUAAUCAAGGCAUGGGACAUCGGGGUGGCUACCAUGAAGAAGGGAGAGAUCUGCUACUUGCUCUGCAAACCCGAGUACGCAUAUGGCUCUGCUGGCAGUGCCCCCAAAAUCCCCUCCAAUGCCACCCUCUUUUUUGAGGUCGAGCUGCUUGACUUCAAAGGUGAGGACUUGUUUGAGGAUGGAGGGAUAAUCCGGAGGAUUAAGAGGAAGGGAGAAGGUUACUCCAAUCCUAACGAAGGUGCUACAGUGGAAAUUCACCUCGAGGGAUUCUGUGGCGGCACCAGGUUCGACUGCAAAGACGUGAAGUUUGUCGUGGGCGAAGGGGAGGACCAUGACAUCCCCAUCGGCAUCGACAAAGCCCUCGAGAAGAUGCAGAGGGGAGAGCACUGCAUCCUCUACCUUGGGCCACGGUAUGGCUUUGGCGAGGCAGGGAAGCCGAAAUACGGCAUCCAAGCAAAUGCGGAGCUGGUGUACGAGGUUACGCUGAAAAGCUUUGAAAAGGCCAAGGAGUCAUGGGAGAUGGACACCAAAGAGAAGCUGGAGCAGGCUGCCAUCGUCAAGGAGAAAGGCACGAUGUACUUCAAGGAAGGCAAAUACCUGCAGGCAGUGAUUCAGUAUGGGAAGAUUGUGUCCUGGCUGGAAAUGGAGUAUGGCUUGUCUGAAAAAGAGUCGAAAGCCUCUGACUCCUUCCUCCUGGCUGCCUUCCUCAACCUGGCCAUGUGCUACCUGAAGCUGCGAGAGUACGCCAAAGCCGUCGAGUGCUGCGAUAAGGCACUAGGGCUGGACCAGGACAACGAGAAGGGCUUGUACCGGAGGGGUGAAGCCAGGUUAUUGAUGAAUGAGUUUGAGCUGGCAAAAUGUGACUUUCAAAAAGUGCUGGAAGUGAAUCCCCAGAACAAAGCAGCGAAAUCCCAGAUCUCUGUCUGCCAGAAGAAAACAAAGGAGCACAAUGAGCGAGACCGGAGGAUCUACGCCAACAUGUUCACAAAGUUUGCGGAGAGGGACGCAAAGGUGCGUGUUGCCUGUUUUUGGCCAUCUAGCAGGCUGCGCUUGAAGGACGCUUGGCAGGAAGCAGCUAGCAAAACUGGGGUCGAAAAAGCGGUGGAGAAAGCAGCUUGUGAAAAGGGACCGAAAACUCCUGGUGCUGAAGAUGAAGAGGCUGAAGGACAUGUAUGAUGGAGGAGGAGGGGAAGGGAGAACCUCCUGCCCUCAGCCCGUGCAGAAAAAGGUUGCUGCCAGACCUCGGGACUCGCCAGUGUUUUCUUGUAAAGCUUGUUACAGUUUGUGUGAUCGUGGAAGCAAAAAGCGCCUCGCAAAGAAAAAUGAACCCCGUCCCACCACCCUGGGCACACUCAGGGGCACAGCGGGAGCGGCGGGAUGCCGUGGGACCACCGCACAUGGAACAAAUAGCUUUUAAACAGAGAGAAAGAGAAAAAAAAUAAUAAAUAAAAAUUGAAACUCUUG